AUGAAGGGUGAGGAGACCCGGCAGAGAAGGAAGGAGGGUCGUGGCAAAAACGGAGAGCGUUCCAAGCAAAGAGCAAAGCACAAGGCCAAGCACAACGAGAGUCGAGCCCCGGCCCGGGAGAUGGUGGAAGAGAGCUGCCGGUCAUUCCUGAGAAGCGCCCCCGUAGAGAGGAAGCCUCCUAUGCCCAAACCCGGGGAUGAGUCCUCAUUUUCCAUCGCCCUCCAGGUCCUGUUCCCGUACCUGCUGGCAGGACUGGGCAUGGUCUUAGCUGGGAUGGUAUUGGACGUGGUGCAGCACUGGGAUGUCUUCAGAACCAUCACAGAGGUUUUCAUACUGGUGCCAGCUUUGGUUGGCCUUAAGGGGAACCUGGAGAUGACAUUGGCUUCUCGACUUUCCACUGCUGCGAACACAGGUCAGAUGGAUGACCCCAGUGAAAGGUGGAAGAUGGCAGUCAGCAAUUUAGCUUUAAUUCAGGUUCAGGCCACAGUGGUUGGGCUCUUAGCUGCUGUCGCUGCCGUCAUCUUAGGGGCUCUGUCUAAAGGCUACAUUGAACUGGACCAAGCUGCGGUCCUCUGUGCCAGCAGUGUCACCACGGCGUUUGUGGCUGCCCUGUCCUUAGGUCUGGUGAUGAUUGGAGUCAUCGUGGCAUCCAGGAAACUCGGCAUAAAUCCUGAUAAUGUGGCCACACCCAUUGCUGCUAGUCUGGGGGAUCUGAUCACACUGUCGCUCCUGGCUGGUGUCAGCAGCACCCUUUUCAACUACAGAGAUAUUCAAUACCUCUCUCCACUAAUCUGUGUGAUCUUCAUCAUCCUGAUCCCGCUGUGGGUGGCGGUGGCUAAGCAGUCCCCUUCCAUUGCCGAAGUCUUGAAAUCUGGUUGGCAGCCGGUCAUUGUAGCCAUGUCCAUUAGCAGUAUUGGUGGCCUCAUCCUAGACAAAACAGUAACAGAUCCCAAAUUCGAGGGAAUGGCAGUAUUCACUCCAGUUAUUAAUGGUGUGGCCGGGAACCUGGUUGCUAUUCAGGCCAGCCGGAUCUCCACCUUCCUCCAUUUCUGGAGCAUGCCGGGCGUCCUACCGUACAAAAUGAGGCAGCACUGGCCCAACCCUUGGACCACCUUCUUCUCCUCCGGUGUUAAUUCCAAAUCAGCUCGAGUAUUGUUCCUAUUGGUUGUCCCGGGUCACCUGGUCUUCCUGUACACCAUCCAUUUGUUACAAGGAGGUCACACUUCGCUCAACGCACUCUUUAUCACCUUCUACUUGACCGCUGCUCUCUUACAGGUCUGCAUCUUGCUGUACGUAGCUGAUCUCAUUGUGCGGUUCAUGUGGCGGAAAGGACUGGACCCAGACAAUUUCUCUAUCCCAUACCUCACUGCCCUUGGCGACCUGUUGGGUACCGGUUUCCUCGCCCUCUGCUUCCGCUUGGUCUGGCUUCUCACUGGUACAGAGGAGGCAGAGCUGGGCAAUUAG